AAUAUUCAAGGAGAAGGCCUGAAAGAUCCAAAACACACCUCCCCACCAUUCCUAGGCUUCCCAAACCUCUCUCUCUCUCUCUCUCUCUCCUCCAUUGGUUGGAACCCACAAUCUAUAUUUUCAUGUGUUCUUAAACUUAGUAAAGCAAAAGCAAACAACAAUGAAGCUUCUUCUUGUUAUUGCUCUCAAUUUGCUUUUGCUGCUUGUACACCAAAACCAGCCAUGUCCCAUUUGUGUUGGUGCCACACCUGACCCACUUGUUUCCUCCCUAUCAGCUCCGCUUUCCUCACCCAUUUCUCCAAUUGCUUCAUCAAUGGCUUCCAUCUCUCCAGAAAUUCAAGAAGGAAGUGAAGGGCAUCAAAUGGAGCCACAUAGGAAAAUGCUAAUUGCUCUCAUUGUCACCUGCACUGCACUUGGUGUAGUUUUGUUGUCACUGUUGUGCUUGUGGGUUUAUCACAAGAAGUGUCCACACAAGUCCCACAAGAAAAGUGCUCAGAGCUCAGAUGCUGAGAAGGGGCUUGCAUUGGGUCCAUUUAUGGGUAAAUUCAAUUCCAUAAGGAUGGUUUCUAAGAAAGGAUCUGUUUCAGUAAUUGAAUAUAAAGUACUCGAAAAAGGCACCAACAAUUUCCGGGACAGCAACAUUAUUGGUGAGGGUGGAUUUGGAUGUGUUUAUAAGGCUCGGUUGGAUGAUAAUUUGCUUGUUGCAGUCAAGAAACUAGACUGUGCAAGUCAGGAUGCUGAGAGAGAAUUUGAGAAUGAGGUGGAGUUGUUACAUAAAAUUCAGCAUCCAAAUAUAAUUUCUUUUUUGGGUUGUAGUACUGAUGGUGACACAAGGUUCAUUGUUUAUGAGUUGAUGCAUAAUGGAUCUCUGGAAACUCAAUUGCAUGGACCGUCUCAUGGUUCAGCACUAACAUGGCAUAUGCGAAUGAAAAUUGCUCUUGAUGCAGCAAGAGGAUUAGAACAUCUGCAUGAGUACUGCAACCCUCCAGUGAUCCAUAGAGAUCUGAAAACAUCUAAUAUUCUUUUAGAUGCCAACUUCAAUGCCAAGCUUUCUGAUUUUGGUCUUGCUGUGGCUGAUGGGGCCAAAAACAGUAAUAGCAUCAAGCUCUCUGGCACCUUGGGUUAUGUUGCUCCAGAGUAUCUUUUAGAUGGUAAAUUGACAGACAAGAGUGAUGUCUAUGCUUUUGGGAUUGUGCUUCUGGAGCUAAUACUAGGAAGAAGGCCUGUAGAAAAACUGGCACCAACUCAGUGCCAAUCUAUAGUCACAUGGGCCAUGCCUCAGCUCACUGACAGAUCAAAGCUUCCAAACAUUGUGGAUCCUGUGAUCAAAGAUACAAUGGAUCUGAAGCACUUAUACCAGGUUGCUGCAGUAGCUGUGUUAUGUGUGCAACCAGAACCAAGUUACCGCCCACUGAUAACCGAUGUUUUGCAUUCCCUUGUCCCGCUUGUUCCCGUCGAACUUGGUGGGACGCUAAGAGUUACACAACCUACAGCUCCAGGGAGCCCCCCAGCUGGUCAUUGAUGCACAAGGCAUGUAUGAUGACACUUUUCCAACAUUCUGGGUUCCUGCUGCUCAAUUGACUGCUCCAAAUCCCACAUUGAUUUUCUUACUUAUAUUUUGCUGGGAAGUCAAUGCCUUCAGUUAUUUCAGAGGAGGAAAGUUGGUCUGGUAGGAAUGUAGAGCUAUUGGCAUCGUCUAUCGCAUUUGUAAAUCGGAUCAAUAUGUUUCAAGUUGCUUGUGCAUAUGAGGGCAUUCGUAGAAACACUAGCUAAUUUCAUUUUUGACCUUUGUUUUUCAGUGUAAGAAAUCAGCUAAUUUUCAGUGGUAGUUGGUAAUUACCUCUGGAGUCUGGACCUGUGUUUGUUCUGAGAGUUCUGUUGGGAAGGUAAAAGCUAACAAUCAUCUUUUGCUAAUGAAGUCAAAUUGUUAAGGAAAGCCU